UUCCUAAUUUGCAUUGUAGAGAAUGAGGGUUUGUAUGAUCCUGACCUUUAUGAAGGAGACAUGAUUCUGACAACUGAUCAACGUGUGGCGGCAGAAAUGGGACUGGAUAUAGACAAUCCAACGGGAAGAGGCGCGACUAAAGGCAGACAGUGGCCUGGAGGGGUCAUGGCUUACGUCAUCGACUCAAGUCUAUGUACGAUUCAAUUCUUUUUCUUUAGAUAAAUGUUAAUUUAGCAUAGCAAGUGUGGAAGCAAAUGUACCUUGUAGAUUGCUAUUCCAUUCAUUCGUUUAUUCAUAAUUGUUCUGAAGCAGAACAUUUCCAUCGAAGUGUUUGCAACGAGGAGGCUGAUUAAUGGACAUCAGCUUCUUGAUAUUGUAAGUCUUGGGAGUGCCGUCAUCAUAAACAGUCUUCGUAAGAUAGAUUACUAAUUAAAAAAUUCAUUUUUGGAUGUGGGUUGAAUCUAGAAUGUAAGGGCUUUACGCCGGAAAAAGAAAACUGUCGUACUCCGUAGUAAAGAGGUAUUCCUGUUAAGCGGGUGUUUGGAAAGCAGUGUAAGACUGUUCAAUGGACAACACUUGCCCCCUUCUACUGCAGUUGAAUUAGUCAUGGUUGCUUUUUAUAUUUUCGAUUCAGCUCGAGAUUCCCGUGCCAUGAGUGCCAUCCAACAGGGAAUGGAGGAAUGGACAAGCAAAACUUGCAUCCGCUUCAAGAAAAGAACAAACGAGGGGGCUUACGCUAAUUUUAAACUUGGCUCAGGGUAA